UAUGUUUUGUCAUCAAGUGGCUCUGGAAUCAUAUGUACAGUACUCUACGAUACUCAUUACAGACGUCUGGGUCUUAUCUAGGUAUCUGCCGCAGUCUUCUGGCAGGAUAGCCAAAGAAGAAGACAAAAGCUGCCCAAUAAACAAGGUUUUGAUCUGUAUGGGUCCAUGGUAGAAGUGGCUGCCCCCCCAGCAGUCAGAUCCUGGGCCGGGAUGGUAACUUUCCGCACCUUAUCUGGUGUCGUUCGUCUCCAAGGCAACGCCUGGAAGAGGAGGAUGGCGCCAGCCGGUUUUCUGCGUACAAUAUUGAUAUAUUGAUAGAUAUAAAGUCCCAACGACGGUGAUGACCGAGAGUUGGGUGAAGACGGUGAAGCAUCCUCAGGGCGGUUCAACCCUCUGACUGACAUGGAACACCUCAGGAAGGAACAGUCCAUUCACUUGGCCUUGGUGAAACUGAUGGACAGAACGGGGUAUAAUAUGAUUCAGGAGAAUGGGCAGAGAAAGUAUGGCGGACCGCCACCAAACUGGGUGGGUCCCAUGCCAUGCAUUGACUGCGAGGUCUUUGUCGGCAAGAUUCCGGCGUACAUAUAUGAAGAUGAGCUCGUCCCUCUCUUCGAGACCGCUGGCACCAUUUACGAGAUGAGGCUGAUGCUCGAGUUAAAUGGACAAAACCGCGGCUACGGCUUUGUCCUGUACACCGACCGUGAGGCGGCCGAAAAAGCUGUCCGGAACCUGAAUAACCAUGAGGUUCGCCGAGGAAGGUUCGUCGGUGUUUGCCUCUCUCUGCAAAAAUGCAGCCUCUUCCUUGCCUCCAUUUCCAAAAAUAAGAGUAAGGAGGAGAUCACGGAGGCGGUCAAAGAGGUAACGGAGGGCCUUCUAGAAGUCUCCGUGUUUCCAAGCCACACAGGUGAAAACCAAGGCUUCGCUUUUCUGGAGUACGAGACCCACAAGGCAGCUGCUCUUGCUCGUAAGGCAUUGAUGGCAAGGAAGAAGUUGUGGGGCAAGAACAUCUGGAUAGACUGGGCCCAGCUGGAAAAGGACAGGAAGGGAGCCAACCUGCAUUCCAUCAAAACAGUCCACGUGUGCAACCUCUCGCCGAGCACCACAGCGGCAACCCUGCGGCGCGAGUUUGAGCGCUUCAAACCAGGCGCAGUGGCGCGAGUGAAGAAGUUCAUCCGCCACGCCUACAUUCACUUCGGCUGCCACGAGGAUGCCGUCGUUGCCGCCAGGAUGAUGAACGGCGCCAUCGUCGACGGAAACCCCGUAGCAGUGACCCUGAAUAUCUACAGAUGGCAGCAAAGGCAGCCACAAGGAGGUGGAGCCAGUGGGGUAAUCAACCUGCAAAAUGGUGGCACUGAUGAGAGCCAUGCUGUGGAAUCCACGAACCCUCGUGUGCAGUGGAGCCCUUGGACUCCUGGACCAUCAUUUCGAGCUGCCCAGGGUGUGUUCCCGCUCAAUCCUGGCUCUCAGCUGUACCCCACCGACUUGCAGCUGCUCCAACCUGGUCAGUUCGGCUCCGCCGUGAGUCUGCUGGAGUUGUAUUGCUGCGUGAACAAGCUGCCGCCCCCGCGUUACGAGCUCUUCUCUCUGCUGGGUCCAGAUGGGGGCUUCCUGCUGGUCUACAAGGUGAUGAUGCUGCUGACACAAGAAGUCUUCAUGCCAGACAUGUUAUGUAUGCAGCUGGAUGCCGCUAAAGAGCUGGCGGCAGAACACGCCUUGUGUGGAGCUACGGGGGUGGUCAACCCGCAGCACGGUGGCACAAAUGAGCACCAUGCUGUGGAGUCCAUGAACCCUCAUGUCCAGUGGAGCUCUCAGACUCCCGGAGCAUCAUUUCUAGCUGCCCACGGUGUGUUCCCGCUCAAUCCUGGCGCUCAGCUGUACCCCACCAACUUGCAGCUGCUCCAACGCGAUCAGUUCUGCUCCGCUGUCAGUCUGCUGGAGUUGUAUUGCUGCGUGAACAACUUGCCACCUCCACAUUACGAGCUGUCUCAGCUGGCUCCAGAAGGGGCCUCCCUGCUGGUCUACAAGGUGGUGAUGCUGCUGACACGAGAAGUCUACAUACCGGACGUAGCGUGUGUGCAGCUGGAUGUCGCUAAAGAGCUAGCGGCAGAACACGCACUGUGGAAUCUUGUGUCGCGGUCCUCCCCGACUGACUUGACCAGAAACCUGUCCCCUGUGUAGUCUGCUACCGCCAGUCCAGACCUGCUCUGCGCCUGUUUUCACACUCCGUAGGCGACAAUUCGAGUCUUGGUUGCCUUUUCGUUCGCACACGUUCAACCGAAGGUGGCCCAGUUGAAUCUCAGGAGUUCCGUUGAGUUGCGGUGCACUCAGGCUAUUUUUCCAUUCUUGUUAUUAUGUUGGGGUAAAUUUGCAUUAUUGUGUUGCACUGUUUUGUAAAUAAAUGUUUUUUCUAAAUCUGCAAAACCUUAUUUGACUGAAACUGCUGUUUUUCUUUUUUUUUUUG